AUGCCCGGCGCCCAAUUCACUCAGCCCGAUCAUAUCCGGCAGAUCUUCUGCUCGAAGCUGUCGGAGAUGUAUCACUCCGAGGUGCCUCUCUAUGGAGCUUUGGUAUCCCUAGUCGAUGACACCAACGCCCACAUCGUCGCGACUCAACCCCAGUAUCGGUCAGAGGCCGGUCGACUCCGCGUCGAGCGUCACGGGGCCAUCCGCGUAGGCAAGCCCGAGGAGCUUCAUACCCUUCGAAGACUUUUCCGCACAAUGAACAUGUUGCCCGUCAACUACUACGACCUCUCCAUCGCUGGUGUACCCGUUCAUGCUACUGCUUUCCGGCCCGUCACCCAGCACUCACUCGACUUCAACCCAUUUCGCGUCUUCACCUCGCUCCUGCGACCGGAGCUGAUUGAAGAUGUCGAGAUCAGAGAGCUCGCUCGGUCUUUACUGGACAAACGAGAGAUCUUUCAUCCGGAAACCCUUCGCUUAUUGGACAAGGCGGAGUCGCAAGGAGGUCUGGAUGACUCCGACGCCCAUUGUCUGGUUGAUCAUGCGCUCCUCACCUUCAAGUGGCAGUCAGACGCCCUUGUAGAGUAUGACGUGUACAACCGGCUCGCCACCGCACACUCUCUUGUAGCGGACAUUGCGGCCUUCAAGGGUCCACACAUUAAUCACCUGACCCCGAGGACGCUCGAUAUUGAUACGGUUCAGGCUCGGAUGCCCGAGAAAGGAAUCGUUUCGAAACACGUCAUCGAAGGCCCGCCUCAUCGAAACUGUUCCAUCUUGCUGCGCCAGACUUCGUUUCAGGCGGUCGCCGAGCCGAUCUACUUUUUGGACCGCAACGAAUCGGGUGGCAAGAAGUUUGGACGACACAAGGCGAGGUUCGGGGAGAUCGAGUCUCGAGGUGUAGCUCUAACACGCAAGGGCUUGACGCUGUAUCAUGAGCUCAUGGACGAGGCCGAUAAAGAGCUCGCUGCCCUCAAAUCCCCCAUAGACAAUGCCACCCGACAACGCUGCCUAGAAAAGGUCUUUGCUGCCUUCCCUGACAAUUGGGAGACGUUGCGCCACGACGGCCUGGCCUACUUCCGACCAUACCGGGGAUCUCAAAGCUCGACCAUCUCGGGGUCUUCGCAAACUAGCUUUGAGGGCGACGACGGAAACGCUUACGAGCCCGUCACGUACGAAGAUUUUCUCCCCGCCUCCGCUGCGGGGAUCUUCCAGUCAAACUUGGGUCAACAACAGUUGACGGUACUCCGUGCGGGUCCUGAUCAGGACACGUUUGAGAAGGCCUUGGGGAGCAAGGUGCUCGAUUCGCACAUCUUGUAUCAAGCCGAGGCGGAUGGUUCGGUCGAAGGGUCGUCUUGGCAAGGCUCGCCGGCGGGACUCAAGGAAUGA